AAUUAUUUUUAGAGAAGAAAAAGAAAUAUAAGAUGUUGCUGAGAAUUUCAAGAGAACACGUGAGAGAGAGAAAGGAAAAUUUGGAUGAGGGCAAAUUCGGAUUAUCAAAUUGUGAAUAGUGUAAAAGACAGUGAAGUGGUAGAUAGCUAAUUAUGGAUUUUUGUAGGUAUAGAGAACCUAAAUACUCUAAAAAUAAUGCAGUUUUACAUUGAGUAUUCUUGUACCAGCAUUUAUUUGGUCUCUUUCACAAAAAUAUUUGUAUUUAUUAAAUUUUCUUAAAAUAGUUAUCGUUAUAAAAAAGUAUAUAUGCAUGUAUAACUGAUGUACCCUUAACAUUAUCUAUCAAUUUAUUAUUACAAGGAUCGAGUUCAAAUAUUUGAUCUUUUGUAUCAUUUCGCCAAACGUUACAUAAGGAUGAACAUAUUUAUCAUUACAUCGUCGAAAGAGAUCAAGGGCUUCUAGUUGCAAUUUGCGUUUUGUUAAUAUAAAUGUCCACAAAUAAUGCAAAUGAUUCUGGAAAACAAAGUCAAUGAUAUUGUCAUCUUAAAGGCAUUUUAGCUGCAAUUCUCUAACAUAAAAAUAAAUUUCUUCGAUAAAGUGAAGAAUUUUGAACUACAAAAUCAUUAGGGGAGGUUGUGUUUUGUCUACUCGGACCCAUACAAAUGAGCUUAUAAGCUAUUUGAUACUUUCAUUACAUCUUCUUUGAUAGCGACAGCUUUGAUGUCAUGAAAACUUGUUCCAUGUCUCCCUAUUGCGACACCUACCUACAAGUAUAUAGGUUGUAAUAAACAACUCUUUUCAAUGUAUUAGAGCCAUCAGUGAAUUUAUGGGGGGGUUCACACACAUUCCAAAAAAAAAAAAAAUUAAAAUAAGGAAUAGUGAUGAACCUGUCUCUCUCCACCCCUUCCCAGUGAACCUGGUUCAUCACUGUAGCGCGGACCCCACGGCACGUGGCGGCCCACGACUGGUCCGAAAAAAUAAAUUUUUUUUUUUUUUAACAAAAAUCAACCCAAAAAAAAAAUAAUAAAAAAAUGCUUUGUGAACCCCUUUCAUGGGGUUCACUAAUGAAGAUGCUCUUAGGUUUACUAAAAAUCAUCCUUCAAAUAGUUCUGCCUCCAUAGUUUCAAAAAAAAAAAAAAAGUUCUGCCUCCUAUUCGUUUUGAUAUAGUUAAACCUGUCAUCUUAUUGCCCCUGGGGCAAAUUAUAAAGAGUAAUCGAAUGGGACCAUAAGCUAAGCUUACUAACGUACGGAAGAUGCUAUGACUAACCAAUUAGUGUAUAAUCACAUGCAUGCCCUUCAACUUCAAUUAUGCACACGCACCACACUUGCCAACUUUUCUUCUUCUUUUUUUCGCAACAAUGUAAAAUUUACACUUUGGUCCACUUAUCCUAAACUCUUAAAAAACGAAAGUUAGUUGGUACAGAUUUUAUAUUUUAAUUACUCCACAAAAACAAAAUAUAAUGGAACUAUGAGACAGCCAAUAGAUAUAAUUAUAUACACUCGUAAUAACGGCCCUUCGAUUAGCUUGGGGUUAUUAUCAACUAACUUGAGAGUGUUUGUUUCUGUUAGAUUUGAUCGUUCAUGUCAACGUCGGGUUGAUGAACUAUUAUAUUGUUCUUUCCAUAUAUUUCUUGGUUGGUAAAUCGUAGUUUAGAGGGCUUAAUUGUCUAUAUUACUAAAGGGGGAAAUCAUGAGAGUGUUUAAAUGUUUUUAUAAAAUCUCAUGUUUUUACAUUAAUUUUAAGAUUACUCUUCCUCUUAUUUUAUUAGAUCUUUCGGAAUAGCACACUUUAAGUUUCUGUACCAAACUAGCAAGUAGCAUCACUGAUAAAUUUCAAAUAAUUGUACAAACUCAAUAUUUAAAAGAGUCAACACUCUUUCCUUAUGACAGAAAUCUAAACUUUUAAAUUAAAAAUAGGAACUCAAAUAUUUAUUUAGGAUAAAUGAGUAUUGUUGCAUUAAAAUUUGAGCUCUUUUAGAAUUUUAAAUGAAAUGUGAUAAAUUUAAAACAAAAACUUAAACGUAUGCUAUUUUAAGGUAUUUUAUUUUAAUAAAAAAUGAUUUUUCAUAAUGUUACUGAGUCGAUUGACCGGGUCACAGUCCAACAGAAUUUGUGAUACCCUCUUAAUAUAAGUCAAAAGCUCAAAAAAAAAACAAAACUAUCCUCUGAAAAUUUUAAUCAGUUGACUCUAUCAUGAAUUUGUAUCUAAGUUUUUUUUUCAGUUUCCAACUUUGAAUCUAAGUUUAUAUACAGAGGUUUUGCAUAUGCUUUAAGCAAAUGCCACCUUGUCCAACAAAUAUGUUAUUCAUCUACCAAAUUAAAUGUCUCAGCUUUUAGUAGUUCUUUUUCAAAAAUAUCAUUUACCUCCAAUGCUUUUAGAUCUCUUCAUAACUCAAAAAGCCCAAAAAACCGAACUCUCCUCUAAAACUGUUCAAUUCGAAAAGCCUUUGUGGUUUUGUCUCUUUGUAAUGUUUUAAAAGUUAUAUCCAUCUUGUUCUAGAGAUUAAUUCGCAACCCACAUUAUACCGGGUCAAACAAUUAAUGCAGCCCACAUCAUAGCCCAAGUCCAAGCUGGCUAUAUCUUCAACUCUCAAAGCUCUCCCAUCUGAUAUAAUUCAAAUCUCUUCACAGCUAAAAUGAAGUUAGAGAACCAUACGAUCAUCAUUAAAUUCAACAUAUCAUAAUAAUUAAAAAAAGAUAAUGGACCCUCACUUUCUUUAGAAAAUCGAAGACAAAAAUAAUUAAAGAAACACACGAUGAAUAUGACUCUCUAACAAUCAAACAACUCUUUGCCAUUUUUUUUUCCUUUGGAGCCGAGUUUUAUUAUUGAAACCGUCCCUUCUCUUCUCUUCCAAUGGCUCUGAUGCGAACCAGGAGCCAAUUGAACGUUUCCUCACCACCACCUCUUCCUUCACCAAUCCCUAGAGCCAGAGGAUCUCGUUCCGCCGCGAACGAGAUCCUCACCGAGAUCAUAGAGAAAUCGAUCCAGGUCCCCGAGCUAACGCUCCCUGAAUCACAUUCCGGAGGUGAAUCUUGCGGCUCACGUCACCUGAUCCCUGCGGAGAUUGAUUUUCGGUUAUUAACGUCCAGGAGAGAAGGAUCCGUGGAUCGUCUGGUAAGAUCCGCGAGGGAGUUUGGAGCGUUUCGCGUGAGCUAUCAUGGGAUAUCGAGCGAGGAGAUGAGGUCUCUCGUGAGAGAGUCGGGUCGGGUUUUCGGAGUUUUGGAGGGAAGAGACACGGGUUUUCGGAGAAGUGUUGUCGGAAACAGAGACGAGAUCGUUUGGGUUCGGUCGUGGAAGGAACGUAUGGAAUGGGCGCGCGAGUAUAUCGGACCGGAACGAUACCGCUGCUUCAGCCAAGAAAUGGAGAAUGUAGCUGAUAAGCUUGAAGGAGUAGCGAGGAAGCUAGGGCAAAUAAUGGUGGAGAACUCAAGGAGACAGACUGAUAAGAGGAUACAAAGAGGAGAAUCUGUUCUAAGUGUUUACAGGUACAAUCAUGAGAACGUUACAGAGCAAAGCCCUCCUUUGCCUAAAGAGACGACCGAAGAAAUGCUUCAUUACACACUCAGCCUUCACCUUCCCGCUAAGAACUGCGAGUUCCGUGUCGAUUCAGGGAAAGGCGGCGGUCCACUUUCUUUCCAUGCAGAUCCUGAUACUAUUCUUGUCACUUUUGGUCGUCAGCUUGAGGAAUGGAGUUUAGGAGAGUUCAAAUGUCGUCAAGGAGAAAUCAUUUAUCAUCCAGAUGUGUAUGGCUCGCGCACUUCCUUUUCCGUAGAGCUCAAGUGCAUGUCUCUUUUCUUAUCGCAUGCUUCUAUUGCAACCACUUGCAAAACGUUCUCUUUAACCCAUCAAAUUUUCACUUCGUUACUCCUGCUCUUUUUCUUCCAGUUCUUUUGGAGUUAUGUAUCCCAUACGGCCACUUAGAAUUUCCAAAUAUAUAUUUAUAUACACUUGUUUUUUAUGGGCGACAUGCGUUUGAUUGUUUAUGGACUGGUAUAAAGUGUGUAUUAGGUUGAACCUUCGGUUGUACUUGUAUAUGUAACACAAGGCAGUAAAAGAAACCAACACAAUAAGAUGUGCGUGCCUUUUAUUAAAUGCCAUUAUAGAAUUGUUCGUCUUUUUUUU